ACACCGUUAACCGAGUCUUCUCCGCCGGUGUCCAAUCCCAAUAAAGAUGUAAUGGAGAUGUUGCAUCAUAUUUUUAAUAAACAGUGUGACCUAGAGGCCCGGAUGGACAAGAUAGAAGAGAAUAUGAUCCAAAAACCUGACAUGUUGACACACCAUAAAGCCGUUAGGAAGACUAAAGUUCUCAACAAGAAGGUGCAUCAAAUAAUUUGCAAAAUAAGUGGAGAGACUGGAGAGGAUCUCCAUAAUGAGCUCAACGACAUCCUGCCUAUGAUGUCCAUUGACGCAGUCUUUGACAUGGAGGAGAAGCUCCAUGAUACAACCUACCAGGACGCGGUUGUAAGUAUUCUUUUAUCUGUAUAUUAUAUCAAAUAA